AUGAGCAGAGAGCUCAAUAAAAAAAGCCUGCGAGCAGUUGUGGACCGAAGAGAGCGUUUGUUUAUUUGGACUCUGCUGGCGGCGGCGGCGCUUUGUCUGCAUUGGGCCAAGGCGGAUGUUUCGCAGCUGGUUCAGUCGGGCAAUGGAUUUGUCUACGAUGUGCCCAGGGUCAGCGAGCUGGAGCUGGAGCUGAACAAUGAGUUUCCCACGGGCCAGGAGUUUCCCCAAGAUGCCAUACCCGUCGCCCCCUCCGAUGCAGAGCUGGGCCAGCUUGAGGAGCAGGAGCCGGUCGCCGAUGAGAGCGCUGCCUAUGCCUCGUCCAAGAGUCAUGGAUAUGCCUACCGAGUGCCCAGCAGACGCUUCAAGAGCUAA